AAUAACGGGUCUCCAUUUCCUUCGCGUUGGUACGAACGUCACUGUAUUUGUGUAUUUGGGGUGCUCGCGAAGUAAUAUUUGUGUAAUUUAAUUGUGAUUGAAGAAACUUGACGGACGGUCUUAAAUAUGGCAGAAAUCGAAAAGGAAGAGAAAACAAUUGCCGAGGAUUUGGUGGUAACAAAAUACAAAUUGGCGGGAGAAAUUGUAAACAGAACUUUAAAGGCUGUUAUUGAUCUCUGUGUUGUCGGUGCUUCCGUGAGAGACAUUUGCACAAAAUCCGAUAAUCUUCUCACAGAGGAAACAAGCAAGGUCUACAAAAAAGAAAAGGAUCUGAAAAAAGGUAUUGCAUUCCCCACCUGCCUAUCUGUUAACAAUUGCGUGUGCCACUUUUCUCCGUCCAAAAAUGAUCCUGACUAUGAAUUGAAGGAUGGUGAUGUGGUCAAAAUUGACAUGGGCGCCCACAUUGAUGGUUUUAUUGCUGUGGCGGCACAUACUGUCAUUGUAGGCUCCUCGGGUGACAAGAAAGUUACAGGACGUCAAGCUGAUGUUACCUUGGCCGCUUAUUGGGCGGUUCAGGCUGCUUUAAGACUUCUUAAAUCCGGAAAUAAUAACUAUGCCAUCACCGAAGCAGUACAACAAAUCAGCGAAUCCUACAAGUGCAAACCCAUUGAGGGCAUGUUGAGCCAUGAACUGAAACAAUUCAAAAUCGAUGGUGAAAAAACAAUUAUACAAAAUCCUAGCGAGGCUCAGCGAAAGGAGCACGAAAAGUGUACCUUUGAAACCCAUGAAGUCUACGCCAUUGAUGUUAUUGUCAGUACGGGUGAAGGUAUUGGUCGAGAGAAGGACACUAAAGUUUCAAUUUACAAAAAAACCGAUGAGAAUUACAUGCUGAAAUUGAAAACAUCCCGUGCUCUCUUGGCUGAGAUUAAAACAAAAUAUGGCAAUAUGCCCUUCAAUAUUCGCAACUUUGAUGAGGAGACUAAGGCUCGUAUGGGUGUUGUAGAAUGCAUGUCACACAAAAUGAUUGAGCCCUUCCAAGUGUUGUAUGAAAAACCAAGCGAGUAUGUGGCCCAAUUCAAGCAUACAGUUUUAUUGAUGCCAAAUGGAGUGAAUUUGGUUACUGGCGUGCCCUUCGCAAUUGAAAACUUUGCUAGCGAAUAUAGCAUAGCACAGCCUGAACUUAAGGAACUUGUGGCCACUCCAUUGGGACCAACAAAGAAGGGCAAAGGUCAUGCUAAGAAAAAGGCUGCCCCUGCUGGAACAGAUGCUGCCGCUCCCGCACCAGCUGCCGUGGAGACCAAGGCCUGAAAUGACUCUGAAACUGCUGCUACUGCCUUUCGCAAUAAGAACAACCCAUAGAGUAACAUCAAGCAAGCAAUACAUUGAAGAGUCUACAAAAGAAAAACUCUACACCAAUUACAACACCUACAACAAGAAGAAGAAAACCAGCAACAUGUUUCACAACCCAAUCUGACGUUCCACCAAUACAUCCCCAACAAACUGUUGGUUGUCAGAGCGUAUAAAAAGUUUGCUAAGCAUCAUGUGCUAACCAUAAUGAUCAGGCUUGUGGCAAACUAAAUAAACUCUUAUAGCUAACACUUGUUACCACUUCUAAUUGAGUCAAUCAAUUUGUAUACCUAUCCAAACUCCUUUCUCCCCCCCCCCCCCCCCCCCCCCCCCCCACACACACACACACCCACACCCACUCAACAAACACUUUCCCCUCCAACAUUGCGUAUUUUAUUACCAAUACCUUCUUUAUAUUAUAAAAUUUGAAGGCAAAUUUUAUAAUUUUUAUAUUUUUAUUCGAUAAAAAAAAACAAAAAUAGAAACAAAUUCAUUAAGCGGACAAUGAAAUCUAAAUAAGAACAAAGAAAGUAAACAACAACACACACACUUACACACACACAAGUCUGUCAUAUAAAUAUUAUAAUAUCUCAUUGAGGAUAUUGAGAUGAUUUUUAAAAAAUUGUCUAUUGAGUUUGAAUUCGUUUUUUCCAAAAUUAUUGAAAAUAAUUAAAAAAAGAAAGAGAAACGCUAAACUAAAUAAAUAAAUCUUGAAAACCAGGAAAACUAACGAAAA